CACAGAUGAUCCUGCUGGAAAUGGCCAGCUUUGCUUGGAAGAGAUCUUCCCAUGAUGUGAGCCAGUGACGGCCAUAGGUGCACAGUUCUGUCACGCGGCGCCAAGGACAGCAAAGCUACUCAGAUAAGCGAUCUGAAGAGUUUCGAGCUGCAAUGAGGAGCAAGCGAGAGCGAAAGCAGAAGGGAAACGCAACUAAGACCCUCAAGCGCAAAGCCACAGCUGUGGAAGGAUCGCAAUCCUUGGAUGUUGACAACACCGAUGCAGAACAGGAUGCGAGGUUGGGCAGCACACCAGACGACAGCAAUGCCGUUUUUUUGAUGCCAAAGCCAAAGAAGGAGGACACUGGAGCCGCAGAAGAUGCAGCCGUUGCGCGCGAGCUGAGCAAAGCUCAAAAGCGCAAGUUGAAGAAGGUCCAAGAGGAGAAGGAAAAGCGGGUAGAGCGCAGGAAGGUUUUGGCGUCCCUUGCGGAACAUGAGCUGCCCAGCGAGCACCUAGCACUCAUGCAGUCGACAGCACGGCGUGGACAGAGGAUAACCAAGCGGCAGAAGCUGAAGAAUGCACUGGCGUAUCAGCGGCUUGGCCUGGAGGCACCCUCAGACUCCCUGCUCCUUGUGGAGCGCCCAGAAGCUGAUGAUGCUGAAACGAGCGAUGAGGAUGGCGAUGAUGCACCACGUGCGCGGACAAUGACAGUGCCUAAUGCAAAGACAAAGGCACGGGGUGCCGAAGGCCUCAGGCGUCCUCUUAGUCCCUCUGAUGAGGACAGCGAAGAGGCGGUUGAAGAUGGGGAAACUGAUGCUGGAGCUGCACCGGCAGGCAUGUCUCUUGAGGAGCAGCGCAGUGCAGCCCAGGCCAUUCGGCAGGAGCUGGGCCUGGCAGAGGACGCCGCUGCAACGGAGGAGCGGCGGGGUUCGCAUGCGCAUGCCGGGCCGGCGCCGUUUGUGCGCGUGGUGCGGUCUCAGGCGAUGCAGGACGCGCGCAGCGGCCUGCCCAUCCUGGGCAUGGAGCAGGAGAUCAUGGAGGCCGUGGCUGAGAACGAUGUCAUCCUGCUCUGCGGAGAGACAGGCUCCGGCAAAACAACGCAGGUUCCGCAGUUUUUGUACGAGGCGGGCUAUGGCAGCAGUCAGUUCCUGGACAGGGCUGGGCGCAUUGGCGUGACCCAGCCGCGCAGAGUAGCGGCCAUUGCUGCUGCACAGCGCGUGGCGCAGGAGCUGAGCACUCCCAUCGGCGCCACUGUUGGCUACCAGGUGAGGUACGACAAGAAGGUGGGCCCGGGGACAGCCGUGAAGUUCAUGACGGAUGGUAUCCUGAUGCGGGAGCUGCAGGCUGACUUCCUGCUGCGCGACUACAGCGUCCUCGUUCUUGAUGAAGCCCACGAGCGCAGCCUAAAUACCGACCUGCUCCUUGGGUUAUUGUCGCGAAUGUUGCCACUGCGCAACAAGCUUGCCGCCGAGAAGCCAGACAUUCUGCCGCUCAAGCUGAUCAUCAUGAGUGCCACGCUGCGCGUGGAGGACUUUGCCGCCAACUCUGACCUGUUCAAAACCCCGCCCCCUAUCGUGCGGGUGCCAGCGCGACAGUACCCGGUUACAAUCCACUUUGCGCGCCGGACAGAGCUGCAUGAUUAUGUCGGAAACGCCUUUGGCAAGGUGUGUCAGAUUCAUGAGCGCUUGCCGCCAGGAGGGAUCCUGGUGUUCCUCACUGGGCAGAGGGAGGUGGAAUACCUCUGCCGCAGGCUGCGGUCGAAAUAUGAUCCGAAGCACAGUGCGGCUCAGCCAGCAGGGCGCCAUGAUGCUGGACCAGGGACAGAUGCCAGGCAGGCUGCAGAUGCCUUUGGUGCUGACGAAGCAGAGGAGCAAGGAGAUGUUGACUUUGAGGGGAGGGAUGCGGUGCAUGACGAUUUUGAGAUGGAGGAAGCUCUGGAAGAUGAGGAGGAUGUGGUGAUAAUGGGUGGGGACGGCUUCACUCCCGAGCAGAUUGCAGCCGCGGAAGCGCGCUUGAAUGCUCAGCUGGGGACCAAACUGGGGGCGUUGAAAGGAGCGGAGGAGUCAGAUGGUCCCGGGAAGGUGCAUGUGCUGCCGCUAUAUGCCAUGCUGCCUCGGUCGGCCCAGGCUGCGGUCUUUGGGGCAGUGCCGGAGGGUGCCCGCUUGAUAGUCGUUGCCACCAAUGUGGCUGAGACAUCGCUCACCAUCCCAGGUGUGCGGUAUGUGGUGGAUGCCGGUAGGGCCAAGGAGAAGGUGAUGGACUCACAUGGGGCAGCAUCAAAGUAUGAGGUUAGCUGGAUCAGCAAGGCAUCCGCAGAGCAGCGGACCGGCCGCGCUGGCCGCACUGGGCCCGGCCACUCCUACAGGCUGUACUCGUCAGCGCAUUUCCACGACAAUUUCCCACAGCAUGGAGACCCUGAGGUGCUGAGGACGCCGCUUGAGGGAGUCGCCCUGGUCAUGAAGGCCAUGGGCAUCGACAAGGUCACGAACUUCCCCUUUCCCACGCCGCCAGACAGGGCUGCCCUGGCUGCCGCGCAGACUUGCCUGCAGGCUCUGGGAGCCUUGGACUCGCAAGGAGCGCUCACAGACCUGGGCAAGGCCAUGGCUGUGCUGCCCCUCAACCCCCGCCCAUCUCGCAUGAUCCUGCAGGCAAGCACCUCACCUGUGGCAAAGGAAACAUCAGCUUCCAAGAAGCGCUCUGGGGGUGCACUUACCUACGCUGUGGCUCUGGCAGCUAUCAUCAGCGUUGAGAGCCCUUUUGUCCACAUUGAUGGUAUUGCGGCGCAGGAGGGAGAGAGUGAAGACAGCAUGAAAAGGAGACGGCAAUCAGCAAAGUCUGCUCACAACCGCCUGCGCGUGGCGCGGAGCGAUGUUCUGAGUGCGCUGGCAGCCUUCUGUGCAUAUGUGAAUGCGCCCGACAGGGAGGGCUUCUGCAGGGAUACAUACCUGCACUCGCGCAACCUGCGCGAAGCCUGCGCCCUGCACAGGCAGCUGGUCCACUUGCUGCAGCAGAUGGGCGACAAGAUUGGCGCCUUCUGUGCCGGUACGGCGAUGCAGGACCUUCUCAGGAGUGCGGACACCCUCGACAAGCCGUCCCCCACAGUCCUCAUGCAGCUGCAGCGCGCCAUCGCGGCAGGCUGGGCCGACCAGAUUUCCCGCCGCGUGCACUCCAUUGAGUAUGUGCAGGAGCACUCGACCAGCAACAAGGGCCGCGGCCGUGCCGUGCGGUACACCCCAAAUGCGCUGGACGAGCAAGUGUUCAUGCACCCACAGUCAGCAAUGGCCAAGGCUGCUCCCGAGUUCGUGGCCUACACACAGAUCGUGCGGACGGAGAAGCGCCCCUACAUGACUGGAGUAACCGAGGUGGAGGCUGGCUGGCUAUCAACCGUUGCAGAGCCAUUGGUUCAGCUGUCUGCGCCACAAGAUGAUCCAGCACCUCACUACAGCCGGGCAGCAGACGCUGUGGUUGCCACACAUGCAAUCACCUUUGGGCGCCACGGCUGGCCGCUGCCUUCUGUAGAGAAGCCGCUGUUGGACAAGACACUGCAGGCCAGAUUCUUUGCUGCUGCCCUGCUGGCUGGGAGGGUGCUGCCCGCUCUUGAAGAGCUGCGGGAUGUGCUGGCGGCGUCUCCGGCCAAGGCGGCGGCAGCUGAGAGCCAGGGUGAGCGGCGGGUGGGUGAAUUGGUUGGAGCACUGGCGAGGCGGCAGGUUUGUAGCAGACGGCAGCUGGCAGCGCAGUGGAGCGAAGACGCUGACUUCCUGCGGCCUGAAUUGGGGGCCUGGCUGCGAAAGGGGCAGACGGGCCGCUUGGACAACAUUUGGGCGCGCCUGCAUGAAGAGGUUCUGCAGGAAAGGAAUAAGUGACAAAUUAUGCAUUGUACUUUGUAUGUGUCUGUUGCGCGCGGCCUGUAUGCCACCUGAGAGGGGCACACAGGUGGCAAGGUGGCACAUGAGGGCCCAGCAGCGAUGCCUGCACUUGUAGUGCUCUUCCCUGGCAUCAAAUUUUGCUACAGUGACUGUGUGGACUCCAACUUGGAAUGUGAUUGAUCUGAAGAAGGCAGCGCGCUGGCCAUGGCUGGAAGUCAGCCAAGCUCAAGCAGUGUUGCAAGUUGCACACUGCAUCUGGCCUGUAAUAAGAGAAUAUUGUC